CUUGACAAUUUGACGCAAUACGGGAGGGCAAGCCUUUCUUUCUGUGUGUAGAAGAAAGCUCUAAGCCCUCGUUCGUUGUACUCAUGGUUUGAAUCUCUCUACACGACAUCUGUUUCAAUUCAGUCAACAAACGUUCGACCUAAUGCAUCGAAUGCUUUUUUAAAGAUCCAACAAUUCACUGUUCUGAUUAUCUGCUGCAAUCUCUCAAGAACUUCCAAUGUAUGCUUGGAGAUUAAAGUGUAGAAACACAAAAUGGAUUCAAGGCAUUUCAAAGCAUGUCAAAAGCCCAAGGAUUCAAGGUUAUGUCAAUGAUAGGUAUUUGAGUUCUACAACAACAACAGUAAGCAACUCUCUGCUCACAUUUUCUGGAUUGAGGACUGUUAGUUCCGUGGUUCCUGCCUGGAGGAAUAGCUGUUUGCGGUUGUUCAGCUCUGAAGGCGAUGGAAGAAAUGCUAACAAUGUGGGGGCACAUUUGGAGAAGGAAAAUAUUAAAAAAGAUAUGGUUAAGGAAGAUAUAAGAAAGUCUGAUGAGCAUGCCCGACUAGGUGAGCAAGAUCAGAUCGAGUGGCUUAAUAACGAGAAGUUGGCUAUUGAAAGUAAAAGAAAAGAAUCUCCAAUUUUAACAAGAGGGGAGAAAUUUAAAAAUGAAUUCUUGAGAAGGAUUAUUCCUUUGGAGAAACUAACAGUUUCACUUGCAACAUUUCCUUACUACAUUCAUAAACACUCGAAAGACCUUUUAUUAGAAUGUGUUGCUUCUCAUUUGAAUAAUAAUAAAGUUGCUACAACUUAUGGUGCUGGCCUUUCUUCUUCAAGUGGAAGAAUACUUCUGCAGAGUGUUCCAGGCACUGAGCUUUACAGGGAAAGAUUAGUUAAAGCAUUGGCGCAAGAUCUAAAAGUCCCCUUGCUCAUUCUUGAUAGCAAUGUUUUGGCACCCUAUGACUUUGGUGAGGAAAAUGAACUUGAUGAUGACAGUGCAGAAUCAGAAGAAGAAACAGAAUCUGAUGGUGAAGAUGAGAACGAGGCAAACAACGAAGAAGAGUGGACAAGCAGUGGUGAUGCAAAAUCUGAUGCCACUGAUGAGGAUGAAGUUGAUGUCAAUAUAUCGGCCGAAGCCUUGAAGAAACUUGUCCCUUACAACCUUGAAGAGUUUGAAAAGAGAGUUUCUGGAGAAUGUGAGAGCUCCUCUGAACCAUCAAAUGAGUCGCCUGAAUCCAAGAGACUUGUUAAAAAAGGUGAUCGAGUAAAGUACAUUGGUCCAUCCCUCUCUCUUGGUACUGAUAACAGAGAUUUGGUUAGUGGUGAAUGUGGGGACGUCUAUGAGGUGGAUGGGGAUAAUGUUGCUGUUAUGUUCGGUGCAAAUAAAGACGAAGUAGACGGGAAAAAUAAUGAUGAAGCAAAUGAGACAAAACCAGCACUGCAUUGGUUAAAUGUUAAAGAAAUUGAACUUGAUGAAGAAACUCAGGCUGAAGAAUGUUACAUUGCUAUUGAAGCUCUAUAUGAGGUCCUGUCUUCUGUACAACCUCUUAUUGUUUAUUUCCCAGAUUCAUCUGUGUGGCUUUCAAGGGCUGUUCCCAAGGCAAGACGAAAAGAGUUCCUUAACAAGGUUCAGGAGAUGCUGGACCAUCUACCAGGACCCGUUGUCUUGAUAUGUGGGCAAAACAAAGCAGAAACAGAUUCCAAGGAGAAAGAGAAAAUUACCAUGAUACUUCCGAAUUUGGGACGUCUUGCUAAACUGCCUCUUUCUCUGAAACGGCUUACCGAGGGACUGAAACCCACGAAGAGAUCAUCAGAUCAUGAUAUUUAUAAGCUCUUUCCUAAUGUGAUGAGUAUACAUCCUCCAAAGGAGGAAGACGUCUUGAGAACAUUCAAUAAACAGCUUGAGGAUGACAGUCGGAUUGUGAUAUCUCGAAGUAAUAUAAAUGAACUAUACAAGGUCCUUGAAGAACAUGAGUUGACAUGCUUGGAUCUAUUGCAUGUACAUGCUGAUGAUAUAAUACUGAACAAGCAAAAAGCUGAAAAGGUUGUUGGUUGGGCUAAAAAUCACUACUUAUCAUCUUGCACUGUGCCUUCAAUAAAGGGAGAGCGAUUAUAUCUGCCUCGCGAAAGCCUCGAGAUCGCAAUAACACGGCUAAAAGAGCAAGAUUUAUUAACAAAGAAGCCUGCCCAAAAUCUUAAGAAUCUCGCCAAGGAUGAGUAUGAGACAAACUUUGUCUCAGCAGUUGUACCUCCUGGUGAAAUUGGGAUUAAAUUUGAUGAUGUUGGUGCCCUUGAGGAAGUGAAACAAGCCUUGGAUGAACUUGUCAUUCUCCCAAUGAGGCGACCAGAGCUUUUUACACAUGGGAAUUUGUUGAGGCCUUGCAAGGGGAUAUUGCUUUUUGGGCCUCCUGGAACUGGGAAAACCCUUCUUGCUAAAGCACUUGCAACUGAAGCGGGGGCAAAUUUUAUUAGCAUAACUGGCUCAACUCUUACAUCAAAGUGGUUUGGUGAUGCUGAAAAGCUUACAAAGGCCCUGUUCUCAUUUGCAAGCAAAUUGGCACCCGUAAUUGUUUUUGUUGAUGAGAUUGACAGUUUACUUGGGGCCCGUGGUGGUGCCUUUGAGCAUGAAGCAACCAGAAGAAUGAGAAACGAGUUUAUGGCUGCUUGGGAUGGACUGAGAUCAAAAGAUAGCCAGAGAAUAUUAAUUCUUGGUGCCACUAACAGACCUUUUGAUCUCGAUGAUGCAGUAAUUCGACGUCUUCCAAGAAGGAUAUAUGUCAAUCUCCCAGAUGCUAACAACCGUGCGAAGAUACUUAAGAUAUUCUUAGCUAAAGAAAAUAUAGAACCGGGAUUUCAGUUUGAAAAACUUGCUGCUGCAACCGAGGGGUAUUCAGGCAGUGACUUAAAGAACCUUUGCAUUGCUGCUGCAUAUAGGCCUGUGCAGGAAAUUAUAGAUGGAGAGAAAAAGGGUGUGACGAGUGAUUCUACUUCUGCACCAAGAACACUCAAUUUGGAGGAUUUCAUCGAGGCCAAGGCCAAGGUUGGGCCUUCUGUUUCAUAUGAUGCGACGAGCAUGAACGAGUUGAGGAAAUGGAAUGAACAAUAUGGUGAAGGUGGAAGCAGGAAAAGAUCACCAUUUGGCUUUGGAUCAAUCUUGUAACGAGCCCUACCACAUUCAAUAAACUCUAAGAAGUGAUGCGCAAUGACAUCGGAAGAAAGAAAAGAAUAGAAGGUGAAGACUCUUUGGACCAUUGAGAUUCAUGUUUUUUUUUUUACUUAUUUAUGCCAUUUUAAUCAGCUUAUUAUGAAAUAAUAGGUUUUUGCAGCAUAUAACAUGCCUGUAGAUUAGUAAUGCUAAUUAUUUUUCCUUUCAUAAAUUAAUUAAUUUAAUUUCCUUUUCAGU